CUCUAGAAGUGUAUCAAGAAGAUCAAUAAUCAGUACUAAGAUCUCCACUGUCUAACAAUGGCGAGGCAAGUGGGGAUCAUUGGAGCCGGCAUUAGUGGCCUUCUAGCAUGCAAGUACGUAUUGGAGAAGGGUUUCCGACCAGUGGUCUUCGAAGCAGAAAGUGGCAUUGGUGGACUAUGGAAUCGCACAGUUGGGACUACUAAGCUUCAGACUCCGAAACAACUCUAUCAGUUCUCUGAUUUUCCAUGGCCUUCCUCGGUUAAAGAAGAUUUCCCCAGUGCCAAUCAGGUUUUCGAGUAUGUGAAGUCCUAUGCUUCUCAGUUUGAUCUACUCCGGCACAUCAAAUUCAGCUCUAAGGUCACUGGAAUUGAUUAUCAGGGAGCAUCAGAUGAAGAAAUGCAAGCAUGGGACCUUUGGGGUGGCAAUGGUGAAGCCUUUGGCCCUGGAGGGAAAUGGAAUGUUACAGUUCUUGACCUCAACAAUGGUUCAACUGAGGUUUACCAAGUGGAUUUUGUGAUCUUAUGCCUUGGCCGGUUCAGUGGUAUUCCAAACAUUCCAGAAUUCCCAACUAACAAAGGACCAGAUGUGUUUCAAGGCAAUGUGAUGCACUCUAUGGAGUAUUCUCUAAUGGAUAAUGCCGCUGCUGCAGAAUUUGUCAAAGGAAAACGUGUUACUGUGGUUGGAUUCCAGAAAUCAGGGUUGGACAUUGCAGCAGAGUGUGCCAAAGCAAACGGAGUUGAUAAUCCCUGUACUGUACUCUACAGGAAUGUACAUUGGUAUGUUCCUGAUUAUCUACCAUGGGGUGUUCCCAUUGCACUUCUCUACCUGAAUCGCUUCUCUGAGCUAUUGAUCCAUAAACCCAGUGAAGGACUUCUUCUUAGCAUUGUGGCUGCCCUCCUCACUCCUGUGAGAUGGGCUUUUUCCAAAUUUGUUGAAAGCUAUCUUAGAUCAAAGCUACCCCUGAAGAAAUAUGGAAUGAUACCGAAACAUAGUUUCUUUGAACAAGUAGUUACAUGCCAAAUCUCAACAUUGCCAGAUAAUUUCUACAACAAAGUUGAUGAGGGAAGUAUCAUUUUGAAAAAAUCAAAGAGCUUCAGCUUCUGCAAAGAUGGAUUGAUAAUUGAUGGAGAUGAUGCUCCUCUACAAUCAGAUAUUGUGAUUUUUGCAACUGGAUAUAAAGGUGAUCAAAAGAUAAAAAAUAUUUUCACAUCACUGAUAUUCCGAGAUCAAGCAAUCGGGUCACCGACGACAACACUCCCCCUCUACAGAGAAUGCAUCCAUCCUCGAAUACCCCAACUCGCAAUAAUAGGGUAUUCCGAAAGCAUUUCGAAUCUAUACACAUCCGAGAUGAGGUGCCGAUGGCUUGCACAUUUCCUUGAUGGUGUUUUCAAGUUACCAAAGAUUAGAGAAAUGGAGAAAGACAUCCUAAGAUGGGAAAAGUACAUGAAGCAGUACACCGGCAAGUAUUUUCGAGGAUCUUGUAUUCUUCUAACACAUAUAUGGUACAAUGAUCAACUUUGCAAGGACAUGAAAUGCAAUCCAAGAAGAAAGAAUGGAUUUUUAGCUGAAUGGUUCGAACCUUAUGGGCCUAUGGAUUAUGCUAAUCUCUCUCUCCUUACUGAGUGAUCCCAAUUCUUUUGAUGCAAAAUUGUAUUCAAACUAUACAAUUAC